AUUUUCGUGGUUUUCUGACUUGUGGUUAGUUUUUACGGUAUCAUAUAAAGUUGCGAAUUAAACCACAAAUGUGAUGCGACAUCUGUCGCAGGCUGAAUGGAGGUUGAAGUAAAAAAAUAGUGCAGCUGCAGCAAAUCCGGCCUCUCUGUGACAGUAACAGUGCAAAAAGUCAACAGGUUAAAGCUUGCUUCUUCAGUUUCUCCCCUCUGUCCCCAAUUCGCCGUCAGUAGUGCAAGAAAGAGAAGAAGAAGAGAUGUUAUCAGCUCCUUUUGUUUCACUCCUACUCUUCAUAAUCUCGGCUACAUCUACUUUAGCCACCGAGGUUCUUCAGACUGCCAACGCAAAUGAUGUCAAGAGCGUCUGUAUAAUCGGGAGCGGAAUCGGAGGUUCAUCCCUCGCCUACUUCCUCCGUCAAUAUUCCGCUGAUCCUUCGUCUCCAACUGUCGGAGACAUCCGAAUGUUUGAACGGAAUAGAGUCGUCGGAGGGAGAAUGGCGAUGGUCUCCAUCGCCGGAGAUACCUUCGAGGCCGGAGCUUCCAUUCUGCAUCCCAAGAACUUUCACACCUUAAACUUCACCAAACUCCUUAACCUGCGCAUCAAUGAACCGUCCUCCUCCUCGUUCUCUCUGGGCAUUUGGGAUGGUACGCGGUUCAACUUUAAAACCCUUGAUACCAGUUCAGAGUUUCCUCUCUUCCAGAAGCUUGUGUCACUUGUCAAUUCUUUCCGCAUUAUCUACCGAUAUGGCUUUUCGCUUUUCAAGAUGGAUAAUUUCGUCAAGAGUACAGUAGAUAAUUUCUUAAAGUAUUACUCGGAUUUUGGCUCUCGACCGGUUUUCGAGUCUGUGGAGAAGAUGCUUAAAUGGGCGGGUUUGUACGAGCUCACUUGUCGAACUUUGCAAGAGGAAUUGGUUGAUGCCGGACUAUCGCCCUUGCUAAUAUCGGAACUUGUCACUGUAAUUACAAGAAUCAACUACGGCCAAAGCGUUAGCAUGAGUGGUCUUGCUGGGGCAGUAGCUUUGGCAGGAUCUGGUGGAGGAUUAUGGUCAGUUGAAGGAGGCAACUGGCAAAUUCCAGCUGGACUAAUAAAUCAUUCAGAUGUCACAUUGCAUCUUGACGAAGAGAUAGACUCCAUAUCCUAUUUAGGAGAUUAUUAUAAGCUCAACUCUACUAAAGGAAACAGUUAUACUUGUCAAGUUACUGUAGUUGCUACACCACUUGAUGAGUUAAAUAUUUGGUUUUAUCCUCCGGUUUCAAUUCCUGAGAGGAAAUUACAGCAUACAUAUACAACUUUUGUGAGGGGACUCUUAAAUCCUGCAUAUUUCGGCCUACAUUCUGCAUCAGAGAUUCCUGAACUAGUGGGAACGACUGAGACUCCCAACCUUCCAUUCUCUUGCAUUGCUGUUCUGAAGAAAUAUACUGAAGUGGAUAUGGCUUACAAGUUAUUCUCUCGUGAGCCAAUGACAGAUGAAUUACUUGAUCUUCUGUUCAGUGUGAGGAAAGAAACACUCCGGAUAGAUUGGGGUGCAUACCCUCAUUAUACAUCUCCAGAGGUUUUCGCACCAUUUGUCUUGGAUGGGCUUCAUCUGUACUACAUUAAUGCCUUCGAGAAUGCAGCUAGCACCAUGGAGACCAGUGCUGUUGCAGCUGAAAACAUUGCUCGACUUAUCUUGUCAAAGUUUUCUGGGCAGCCACCAUCAAGUUCAUCAGAUCUUAAGGGUUCUACUUCUGUGGCUUCUGCCUCUGAUGAAGAGGGUAGACAUUUUGAAUUGUGAACCUCUGUUUACUUAAUUGUGUGUUAGGUACAGAAGCUUUUCCUGUAUAAAUAGUUACAGAUUAGCUACAUCAUCUCUUCGAGUGGCAGUAGGGUAGGUCAGCUGAUCCGGACUCCAGAUCAACUAGAUAAAAAGCUUAAAGCCACCAAAUUAGGGAGGGGCAGCUAUUGGGUCACACUUAGGUGGGAGAGACGACUAGGAAUGACAAUUUCCACCGUACCCAGUGGGAACCCACCCCCGACAGGGUGGUUUUUUUCCUUUUUAUUUUUUAUUUUUUGCUUAAAGGACAGGUUUUGUGGUGGGGAGGGGUUUUUGGAUUCUACAACACAUACGGUAUGGUAUUAGGCUAAAUCCGACCCACAUAUUGUUGGAAAGCAUAUAAGCUUUAUGUAUAGGUGUUGAAUUUAAUAAUAUUUUGAAUUUUAUGUGAAGGAAAGAAGGACCAUUGAUAGUUAGUGUUA